AUGUCUCUGCUCAGUGUGCCUUCCGAAUUACUCCUUCUCAUUGCAGAUUUUCUGGAUGCCGAGAAAGAUAUUAACUCACUGGCGAAAGCCAACUACUAUACUUAUUCUCUACUGAAUCCGUACUUAUAUCGACGCAAUUUGCUGAAUUCUGGAAGUUCGGCUCUAUUAUGGGCAGCCCUACAGGGUAGCGAGGCGACGGCUCAAAAAUGUGUUUCGGAAAGGGCAGAUGUUAAUGUGAUCGAUAGCGACGGCAGAACACCGUUGUCUUGCGCUGCCGUGAAUGGCCACGAGGGGGUAGUUAGGCUGUUACUAGCGACUGGGAGGGUGGAUGCCGACACAAAGGACGACUUCAACAUCACCCCGUUGUCUCGCGCUGCCGGGAAUGGCCACGAGGGGGUAGUGAGGCUGUUACUAGCGACUGGGAGGGUGGAUGUCGAUGUAAAGGAUGGCAUUAACAUCACACCGUUAUCAGAAGCUGCAUUCGGUGGCCAUGAAGGGGUGGUGAGCCUAUUAAUAGCGACUGGGAGGGUGGAUAUCGACUCAAAGGACUCGGAAGGUUGCAGUCCGUUAUCUCGCGCUGCCCGGAAUGGUCACGAGGGAGUGGUGAGGCUAUUACUAGCGACUGGGAGGGUGGAUCUUGACUCAAAGGACUCUGAAGGUUGCAGUCCGUUAUCUCGCGCUGCCCGGAAUGGUCACGAGGGAGUGGUGAAGCUGUUACUAGCGACUGGGAGGGUGGAUGUCGACUCAAAGGACUUGCAAGGUUGCAGUCCGUUGUCUCGUGCUGCCAGGAAUGGCCACGAGGGAGUGGUGAAGCUGUUACUAGCGACUGGGAGGGUGGGUAUCGACUCUAGAAACUCCUGCGGUCGCACGCCGUUAUCAGAAGCUGCGUCCGGUGAACACGAAGGGGUGGUGAGGCUGUUGCUAGCAACCGCAAAGGCAGAUGUUAACUCCAGAGAUUCUGACGAUAACACUCCAUUGUUAUGGGCCGCUUUAUACGGCAAUGAGGGGGUGGUGAAGCUGUUGCUAGCGACUGGGAGGGUGGAUGCCGACACAAAGGACGACUUCAACAUCACCCCGUUGUCUCGCGCUGCCAGGAAUGGCCACGAGGGAGUGGUGAGGCUGUUGCUUGCGACCGGAAAGGUGGAUGUCGACUCUAGAGACUCCUGCGGUCGCACGCCGUUGUUAUGGGCCGCUCGGAAGGGUCAUGUGGGCGUGGUAAAGCUGUUGCUAGCGACUGGACGGGUGGAUGUCAACUUAACGGGCUCAUGGUUGACGCCGUCGCCAGUGGCCACCUUGUCGGGCCACGAGGCGCUAACGAAGCUGUUGCUUGCGACUAAGCGGGAGGGAGGACCCGCAAGACAGUUGUGA